AUGGAGUUUGAGAAAUCGUGGGAGUACAGGAACCCGCGGAAAGCCUAUGCUCAACCAAAACAUUAUAGCGGCAAAAUGAAAAGAUGUUCUCCUGUCUUCAACACUGCCAAUGGAGUAGUUGUCGGUGAAGCAACCCUUCCAAUUUGUAGAGAGACCUUGCUGAACCGGCUAGCACCGUCAGCUCCUGAACUCGAGCACGUUCAUAGAUCGACAUAUGCAGUUAACGAGGAGCCACCGACAGAGUCGGAGGUUCUAGUCUGUGUUCAAAAAAUGAAUAAUGAAAAAUCUGGUGGAGACGACGGGAUUAGCGCAGAAAUGCUAAAAUCUCUUCAUCCGUCUGGGAUUCGUGAGAUGACAAAGAUCAUUACUUCAAUAUGGAUAGACUAA